AUGCGUCUGCCCCUUCGGGGAAGCGCCGCACAGGCAAGGGCAAGGGGGGCAAGGGCGCCGGAGGAGCUGGCGGGGCCGGGGGAGGCGGCGAUGGGGGCGGCGGAGGGAGUGGGGGUGGGAGUGGGGGUGGUGGAGGGGGUGGAGGUGCCGGUGGCAGCAGUGGAGGUUGAGGCAAUGGCGGUGGUGGCGGAGGGAGCGGAGGCGGCGGUGGUGGCGGAGGCGGCGGAGGCGGCGCAGGCGGCGGUGGAGCUGGUUGUGGUUCUGCGCAGAGGAGUGGCUCCAGUGGUGUGUCCCAGGUAG